UGUAUUUGCUUUGUAAGAAGAAGAAGUUGCAGGGAGGCAGAGGCAGGAGAGACGGGUCUGAGAGUAUUCUCUUCCUUUUCAGUCCACUGCGCUUCUCUUUCCUCUCUCUCUCUCUCUCUCUCUCUCUAACGUUUUCACUUUCUCUCUCUAGAAAAUUCCAUGUCAAUGCUAAAAGAAUUUGUAUAAAAAAAGAAAAAAUUAAUUUUUUUUUUUUUUUUAACUUUCAUUUUCCAUUAAUCCGAAACCAUUCAAAACCUCUCUCUCCCUCCCCAACUGUCACUUUCACCCACUCUCAAUUCCUCUCUGCAAUUUUUUUUUCCGAACUUUAUUUAAAUCUCUAAUUGCAAUCCAUUUUUUUCAAUUACCAGCUCACGAUUUUUUAUUUAUCUGAAUUUUAGCAAUUUUUUAUUUUUUAUUUUUUGGGUUUUGGAAAUUGGAUAUUUGUGAUCUUUGGGUUUGAGAACGUUUUGAGGAAAGUCAAUUGGGUACUGCGACUGUGAUCGAAAUUGGGUAAUUACGGGAUCUGGGUUUUUGGUAUCGAAUUUUUUGAUCUGGGUCUGGUGGGUUGAUCGAAUUUAAUCGGUUUGGAUCCGAUCAGGGGAGAAACAGCGCCAUCAGAUGGCGCUGUUCAGAAGAUUCUUUUACAGGAAGCCGCCGGAUCGGCUUCUAGAGAUUUCCGAGAGGGUCUACGUGUUUGAUUGUUGCUUCUCCACUGAAGUGUUGGAAGAAGAUGAGUACAAAGUGUACUUGGGUGGCAUUGUUGAACAGCUACAGGAUCACUUUCCUGAUGCUUCCUUCAUGGUGUUCAACUUCAGAGAAGGGGAGAGGCGGAGCCAAAUAUCAGAUGUCUUGUCCCAGUAUGAUAUGACUGUUAUGGAUUACCCUCGACAAUAUGAGGGAUGUCCCUUGCUGCCGCUGGAGAUGAUCCACCACUUUCUCAGAUCAAGUGAAAGCUGGUUGUCAUUGGAAGGGCAACAAAAUGUUUUGUUGAUGCACUGUGAAAGAGGUGGAUGGCCUGUCCUAGCAUUCAUGCUUGCUGGUCUUCUGUUAUACCGGAAACAGUAUACUGGAGAACAUAAGACUCUAGAUAUGGUUUACAAGCAGGCUCCUAAGGAACUUCUCCAUCUUUUGUCUCCAUUAAACCCACAGCCUUCCCAGCUCAGAUAUCUUCAAUACAUCUCUAGAAGAAAUUUGGGUUCUGAUUGGCCUCCAUCUGAUACUCCUCUAUUUAUAGAUUGUUUGAUACUAAGAGUUCUUCCACUUUUUGAUGGGGGCAGAGGUUGCAGGCCUUUUGUACGCAUUUUUGGUCAGGACCCCUCAACGCCAACUGUUAGAAGUUCUAAGCUUCUGUUCGAAACAUCAAAGAAAAAAAAACACAUUCAGCACUACCUGCAGGCAGAGAGUAUGCUGGUGAAAAUCGAUGUUCAUUGCCGUAUUCAGGGGGAUGUUGUUCUUGAGUGCGUCCACUUGGAUGAAGGUCUGGUACGUGAGGAGAUGAUAUUCAGAGUUAUGUUCAAUACAGCAUUUGUACGGUCAAAUAUAUUGGUGCUCCACCGCGAUGAAAUUGAUGUUUUGUGGGAAGCCAAGGACCAGUUCUCCAAGGACUUUAGAGCAGAGGUACUUUUUUUGGAUGCUGAUGCUGUUGUGCCUAAACUCACAACAGUUGUGGCAAGCAAUGAUUCAAAUGAGACAGAAGCUGGUUCACCUGAGGAAUUUUUCGAGGUUGAAGAGAUCUUUAGCAAUGCAGUGGAUGCGCAAGAAGGAAAGGGGGAUUUUGAUGCUCCUGUGGUUGAAGACAAUGCCCCAGAAAGUUUAGGUCAUAAAGAAAUCUGGAGGGAGGAUUUUGAUCCUCACCCAUUCCAAGACUGUGCGUCAGAUGAUGGGAUCCACAGACAGGAUGGGAAGGUGGAUUCCACUAUUGAUGCAGUAAAGGAUAUUGCUGUAGAUGAUGUGAAAUAUAAGAUGGAUGAUAAAGUGGACUCUGAUAUUAAUACAGUAAAAGACAUCACUGUAGAUGAUGGGGAUACCAAAUCAAACUCUAUAUUAGUUAACACUGAUGUGCUAAGACAUGCUGGAACUAAGGAAGUGAUUGAAGAUGUUUGUGGUCAAUUGGACGAGAAAGAAGAUGAAGGAGAUGGAGAAGACACUACUAAACUGAAGAAGCUUGAAUCCAAGGUUUCACAGCAAAGAUUGACUGCUGAUAUCAAUAGACAAAAACCUGAAAAAUUGCAGUCGCCUGCCCCUAAGAAACAGCCCUUGUCAAACACUAAACAAGCUGCUGAUACAAAUGUAAAACAGAAGACUAAACAGCAAGAACCUCCUCAGGGUCCUUUUGGAAAAGUGGCAAAGCCAAAUGCAAUAUCCAGGUGGAUUCCCUCAAACAAAGGCUCUUACACCAAUUCAAUGCAUGUAUCAUAUCCACCAUCAAGAUAUAAUAGUGCACCUGCUUCUCUUGCCAGUGCUGCUGCUCAGAAAGAUUUUCAUACAAAUGCCAAAUCUAAGUCUUCUCCUGCUAUUGUUUCUUCUGGAGCUGUGGUUUCAAAUGAUUUGAAAGACGAAUCAAAAGGUCACAAGGUGGAUCAUGUAAAGCCUUCAGACUCUGAAGAAGGGACAGUUCAGUUAGUUGAACAGAUAUUUUCUUCCUCUCCAAGUCCAACAGCUGCAGUUACUUCUCAAUCAGAAAUGGUGCCCCCUCCACCACCACCACCACCACCGCCACCACCACCCCCGUCACCACCUCCACUGUCACCUCCACCUCUCCCUUCUAUGUCUAGUAGCUCUUCACUCUAUGUGCAGCCUCCUAGGUCCUCGUCACCACAUUCUCCAACUUCACAAGCAGUUGCAGCUCCUCCUCCCCCUCCUUCUCUCCCUCCUUCUCCCCCUCCGCCACCACCUAUAUUAUCUAGUAAUGCGUUCUCCAUAAAGCCCUCACCCCUAUCAUUGUCUCCUCCUCCACCUCCACCUCCACCGCCACCACCUCCACCUCCUGUCACGUGUUUCAUGUCAUCAAGUAGGCAAAACAUAGGGAUAGUUCAACCCCCUCCACCACCCCCUCCACCCCCUCCAUCAAGUAGGGAAAACAGUGGCAUCAUGUUGCCUCAACCCCCUCCACCACCUCCCUGGAAAACUAUAUAUUCUUUAGCGGCCCCAGCAUCUAUAUCAGGUUCUCAACCUCCUCCGCCACCACCACCCCCACCUCCACCCCCACCUUCUUCUUCCCCCUUUAUGAGUGGAUUAAGUACAUCAAAACAUGAUACACAUGAUAGAGUUAGAAUACCAGCUCCGCGUCCUCCACCUCCACCACUUCCAGGAAUGCAUAAAACCUCAUCUGCCCCUCCACCGCCACCGCCACUGCCACCACCACUGCCUACUCCUUCUCCUUAUGGGGCUGUACCUGUACCUCCACCUCCCCCACCCCCACCUCUUUCUCAUGGAGCUCCACCUCCUCCACCCCCACCUCCUCUUCGUGGAGCUCCAUCUCCACCACCCCCACCUUCAUUACCUAGAGCUCCACCUCCACCACCCCCACCUCCUUUGCGUGGUGCACCUCCUCCACCACCCCCACCUCCUUUGCAUGGAGCCCCACCCGCACCUCCUCCUCCAAUGCAUGGGGUGCCACCACCACCUCCUCCUCCAAUGCGUGGGGCACCUCCACCACCACCUCCUCCAAUGCAUGGGGCACCACCACCACCCCCCCCUCCAGGACGUGGAGCACCUCCUCCUCCACCUCCUCCUGGUGGAGGCCCACCUCCACCGCCUCCUCCUGGUCGCGCACCAGGUGCUCCAGCUCCGCCUAGACCUCCAGGUGGUGCACCUCCUCCACCUCCACCCUUAGGGGCCAAAGGAGGAGCUCCUGAUGCAAGAGGUUUAUCUUCAGGGAGAGGACGUGGACUUUCACGCCCAACAGGGAUGGGGGCUAGUGCUACAGCACCUCGAAGAUCCUCCUUAAAGCCAUUGCAUUGGAGCAAGGUAACAAGGGCAUUGCAAGGGAGCUUGUGGGAAGAGUUGCAGAGAUAUGGAGAACCUCAAAUUGCGCCAGAGUUUGAUGUAUCAGAGAUAGAAAGCCUUUUCUCUGCAACAGUCCCAAAGCCUGCUGACUCAGGGGGUAAAUCAGGAGGGCGGCGUAAGUCUGUUGGUUCCAAAACUGACAAAGUUCACCUGAUUGACCUAAGGAGGGCAAACAACACUGAAAUUAUGCUCACUAAAGUUAAGAUGCCACUUCCUGAUAUGAUGGCUGCAGUAUUAGCAAUGGAUGAAUCUGUUUUAGACGUUGAUCAGGUGGAAAAUCUCAUAAAAUUUUGUCCUACUAAAGAAGAGAUGGAACUUCUCAAGGGCUAUACAGGUGACAUGGAGGCAUUGGGAAAGUGUGAACAGUAUUUUUUGGAGCUGAUGAAAGUACCACGGGUGGAGUCAAAAUUGAGAGUAUUUUCUUUCAAGAUUCAGUUUGGAUCUCAGAUUUCAGAGUUUAAAAAGAGUUUAAAUACUGUGAACUCUGCAUGUGAUGAGGUUCGGAAUUCCGUCAAAUUGAAGGAAAUUAUGAAGAAAAUUCUUUUUUUGGGGAACACUUUGAAUCAAGGAACUGCAAGAGGUUCUGCAAUUGGAUUCAAGUUAGACAGUCUUUUGAAGCUUAGUGAUACACGUGCAUCUACCAGUAAGAUGACACUCAUGCAUUAUCUUUGUAAGGGUCUUGCUUCAAAGUCACCAGGACUUCUUGAUUUUCACCUGGACCUUGUGAGCCUGGAAGCUGCAACAAAGAUACAAUUGAAAUCUUUAGCAGAAGAAAUGCAAGCUAUAAUUAAGGGAUUAGAAAAGGUCAAGCAGGAGUUGGCUGCAUCUGAAAAUGAUGGCCCUGUGUCAGAGGUUUUCCGUAAGACAUUGAAAGGAUUCAUUGCUGUUGCUGAGACAGAAGUGACAUCUGUGACAAACCUAUAUUCUGUAGUGGGUAGAAAUGCGGAUGCACUUGCAUUAUAUUUUGGUGAGGAUCCUGCCCGUUGCCCAUUUGAACAAGUGACUGCAACUCUCUUAAACUUUAUAAGACUGUUUCGGAAAGCACAUGAAGAGAAUUGCAAACAGGCUGAAUUGGAGAGGAAGAAAGCCGAGAAAGAGGCUGAAAUGGAAAAGGCCAAGGGCGUUAAUCUCACAAAGAAGGCAGCAAAGUAGGUGAAGAUUAAUUUUGCUUUCUACCCCUGCAUGAAAAAUUGAGCUCCUGCAUACAUCAGAGGUUUUGCUGCAAUGGUGUUGCAAUGGUGUUACCUAAGUGAUGGAAAAGGACACCUGCUUUUAGGACCCUGAUCAGAUGUAUCCCUUUCUCCACUAUUGGUGCCAAGGGAAACCCCUUCAAGGUGAUUUGAAUGAGGGGAAAGGGCUACUUGAGUCUCCUGUAGACCUUGAACUAUGCAAAAAACCAAGCAGUACAUGCUUUUGACAAGUUGCUGCUCAAUCAAAUGAUCAGGGCCAACUGAUCUAUAUCACACUAGACAUCUCAGACGGACCAUAAUUUUGGCACAAAUUGGGUGGUUACUGAUUUAUUGCGAAGUAAAUGGUUAUCUGCACGUCGUGACCACUAUCGUGAUGUUAGAUCUGUUCCCCUUUGGCAUCUUGCUGUGAACAAGUUUUUUAUUUUUGAAGUGCCGACACUGCAAUAGCUGAUAUGGUUUCCUUCGGCUUUCACCACGAUUUCAUUUGGUGUAAUUUUUUUUCGGAAUCAUCUGGCGAAGGAAGGAUUUUUGUGAUUGUAAAGCACUCAUUCCUGCUCUACCAUGAAACCAUGUACAAAUCUCUAACCUCUUAGCAUUAGAAUUCUAUUCAUUUUCCUGUAACAUAUGAUUUAGUUCCACUUUUUUCUUUGUUUUUUUUUUUCCCUCUUUUUACUCUUCAUUGAAAAUUUUGAUAGGAUUCCAUGAAGAUAGAUCUUGUAUAGGUGUAAGUUUCAGAAAGAGAAGUUAGAAAUCAGGUGUAAUUGUAAAAUAACUGAAGCGUAGAGUGUGAGCUAGAAACUGCUUGUUUCUUUCUUUUGGUUAUUUAGUCAAAAAGUUUUCUAAUUCAUGAAAUUUCAACA